AUGGAUAAGGCUUGGAUUCAUCAUCACACCAGGGGUAGUAAAGAGUAUCAUAAAGGCAUAAGAGACUUCAUUAAGUUUGCUAAAAGACAUACAGAUGGGCUAGGUAGGAUCAAAUGUCCGUGUCGUCGCUGUAAAAAUGGUGACUAUAUUGCAAUUGAGGAGGUUGAGACUCAUCUAUAUAAGUGUGGGAUGUACAAGGAGUAUACAAAUUGGAUAUGGCAUGGGGAGGCUAAUGUUAACACCACUGCUAAUGUUAAUGCAGAAGCUAAUGUUAAUGCCGAACAUGGGGAUAAUGCUAAUGAUGAAGGUAGAAAUGAAGACAAUGUAUUUGAUUUGUUGGAUAAUGUACGGAUGGGUAUGUUCACCAAUGUAGAACAACAAGAAGAUUCGCCUGAAGUUGAUAUAGGAGGAAGUUUUGAUAGAUUGCUAAAUGACGCACAAUGCGAAUUGUGGCCAGGUUGUAAAAAACAAUCUAAGUUGUCAGCAAUUUUGAAGUUGUUCCAUGUGAAAGUUACAAGCCGAAUGACCAACAAAUGUUUUGACAUGUUGCUUAAGGUGCUAAAGGAAUUGCUUCCCGAUGACAACACGUUGCCAAAGUCCUAUUAUGAGACUAAAACCUUGUUGCGUGAUUUAGGUCUUGGAUAUGAACCGAUCCAUGCAUGUAAAAAUGAUUGUACUUUAUUCUGGAAGGAGAAUGAAGGUAAAGAAUGUUGUCCACAAUGUGGUGAGUCGAGGGAUACAGCUAUAGACAUGCGUUGGCACAAGGAGAAACAUGUCAAAGAGACAAAUUUGUUGAGACAUCCAGCCGAUUCAAAAGCUUGGGAGGAAUUUGACAAUAAGAAUAGUUGGUUUGCUGCGGAUCCUCGUAAUGUUCGUCUUGGGUUAGCAUGUGAUGGAUUCAAUCCAUUUGGUAACAUGAGUAAUGCUUAUAGUGUGUGGCCUGUAAUUAUUGUGCCCUACAAUUUGCCACCUUGGAUGUGUAUGAAGGAACCAUAUAUGUUUAUGUCAUUACUUAUUCCUGGUCCUAAAUCACCUGGUAAUGACAUUGAUGUGUAUCUGCGACCGUUAAUUGACGAGUUAAAAGAAUUAUGGAUAGAUGGUGUGAUGACAUAUGAUGCCUACAAUAAAUCAAACUUUAAGCUGCAUGCAGGGUUGAUUUGGACUAUACAUGACUUUCCCGCUUAUGCAAUGGCAUCCGGAUGGAUGACAAAGGGUUUUUUGGCGUGUCCAAAUUGUAAUAAAGACACAUGUUCUUGUUAUUUGAGUCACGGGCAGAAGAUAUGUUAUUUGGGAGCUCGUAUAUUUUUGUCGUCCAAUCAUGCUUACAGGAAGCGUUUCAAACAAUUUAAUGGCAAGAAAGAAGACAGAGAGCCACCAAAGCAGUUGACGGGUGAUGAUAUUCUGGAACAAUUUAAUCUCCUACCCGAGGUUAGAUUCGGAAAGGGACCAAACAAUAAGAAGCGGACUCGUGAGAAGAAGGAACUUAAUUGGACAAAGAAAAGUAUAUUCUUUGAAUUGCCUUAUUGGAGAACACUUUUGUUGCGACACAACUUAGAUGUUAUGCACAUAGAGAAAAACAUAUGUGAUAAUGUGUUAGGGACAUUAAUGAACAUCGAAGGAAAGACGAAGGACUCAUUCAAAAGUCGGUUGGAUUUAGAAGCAAUGGGAAUUAGAAAAGAACUUCAUCUUAGGCGUAAUGGUGAGAAAUUUGAGAUGCCACUUGCGCAUUACACAUUGUCAAAGGAUGAAAAAAGGCAAUUGUGUGAUUGGUUGAAGUUAGUGAAGUUCCCAGAUGGCUAUGCAUCAAACAUAAGUCGAUGUGUGAAUGUCAAUGAAGGUAAGAUAUCUGGAUUGAAAAGUCAUGAUUCGCAUGUACUCUUACAGCGUCUCCUCCCUCUAGCUAUACGAGGAUUGUUGCCCGAUGAUGUUUGUAAUGCGAUAACAGAGCUUGGUUUAUUUUUUAAGGAGUUGUGUUGUCGGACCCUUAAACUAGAUGUCUUAGAGGUAUUGGAAAGGGAUAUUGCUAUCAUAUUAUGCAAGUUAGAAAUGAUAUUUCCUCCAUCAUUUUUUGACAUAAUGGUGCACUUAGCUCUGCAUUUGCCACGCGAGGCCAUCAUUGCAGGACCUGCACAAUAUCGAUGGAUGUACCCUAUUGAAAGAUUUUUACGUACUCUCAAGUCUUACGUGCGUAAUAAAGCACGUCCUGAAGGGUCCAUCGCUGAAGCUUAUGUGGACAAUGAAUGCGUCACAUUUUGCUCAAGGUUUCUUCAAGGGAUUGAGACACGAUUCAAUCGAGAAGAAAGAAAUUACGAGGGCGACUAUUGCACCAAUUGGUCCACUUUUUCAGAGCUCAGGCAAGUGGUUCAUCCUUUAGGGGCUGGAAGUUUAGAGAUACUGGAUAUUGAAAGCAUGCAAAAGGCUAAAUUUUACGUGUUAAAUAACUGCGCAGAAAUUGCUUCAUAUGCAGUUGCACACAAGGCUGAACUCGAGAAUGAAAACAAGGAUAAUGUACCAUUAAGACACGUAAAAGAAUUUUCGAGAUGGUUGGGAACACGAAUAAAGGAAGAGCGUCAUUAUCAAGAGUUAGAAAUUAGUGAUGACCUGUAUUCAUUAGCUUGUGGACCUGAUUUUCGGAUAAAUCGAUAUUCUGGUUGCAUUGUAAAUGGGGUCAGGUUUCAUACAAAGGAAAGGGAGAAAAAUCGAAAAACUCAGAAUAGUGGUGUGUUAGUCAAAACAGAGGAUGUUGAUUACUAUGGUGUCUUGACAGAUGUCAUUGAGUUACAAUAUCCUCUUAAGAGACGGGUAAUCCUAUUCAAAUGUGAUUGGUUCAACACAAGGACAGGUAUUAAGAGGGAUACUUAUUUCAAGAGUGUAAAUGUAGCCCGUAAAUGGUACAAAGAUGAGCCUUUUGUGUUGGCAAAUCAAGCAAAACAAGCCUUUUUUGUCAAAGACACCAAAUUACGAGGCACGUGGGAGGUCAUUCAAGAUAUAACACAUAGAAGCUCAUAUGACGUUCCCGAAGUGGAGGAUAACAGUAGAGUUGAGGAUGGAAUGUAUGCUACAGCAUAUCAAGAGGAUGAACCAUGCAUUGUGGAUAAGGUUGUUGAGGCGACCAACUUUGACAUAGAUCCACCAACUUUGAAUAGGGAUGGCUUGGAGGUUGAAAGUCUUGAUGCUGAAAUAAUUCUACAAAGUAAUGAAGAAUCUCAUCAUGAAAUUGACUGUUUUGACAAUGAUGAUGAAAUCUUGAUUGAAGACAAUUCAGAUGAUGAAGAAGAAGAUGAUAGUGAUUUGGAUUAA